CCUCCUCCUCCCACCACUAAAAGAUGAGUGGGCCGCGCGCUGAAAGACUCGCCRCGCGCGCGCGCUGAUCCACCUCUCCAAAUCUCCUCCGCCGCUCUUCUUGGAUGCACGCGGAGGAAAAUAUUCCUUUCGUACUUGUUGCUGUUUGUUGGAUGUUUUUCGGUGGGGGGAUGGGGGUGGGCUGUGAGUUCAGCACGCUGGAGAGCGCUGCAGAAAGUUGGAGAGGACCGUGAGGCGCGCGGACGCACCGCGGAUUUCUCCGGUUUUUUUCUCGCUGGAGCUGGAGCUGGAGGGGCGCACGCAGGUGAGGCGGACCAUGGAGGAUCCCGGCGCAGGUUAAACCCGCCCUCCCCCCGUGGGGGAAGAGGAGUCAUGGACUUUGCUGAGACCGUGGUGGCGCUGGUCAUCGUGGCGGUGGCCGUCGUGUCGCUGCUCUCCAACCUGUUGGUGCUGCUCUGCUUCGUCCACAGCACCGAGAUCCGCCGCCAGGUGCCGGGGGUGUUCACCAUGAACCUGUCCUUCUGCAACAUCCUCAUCACGGUCCUCAACAUGCCCGCCACGCUGGUGGGGAUCGUGCGGAACCAGCAGCCGUUCGGGGACUGCGCGUGCCGCGCCGUCAGCUUCCUGGAGACCUUCCUGACGGCCAACACCAUGCUGAGCAUGGCCGCGCUCAGCAUCGACCGCUGGAUCGCGGUGGUCUUCCCGCUCAGCUACGCCACCAAGAUGCGCUACAAGGACGCGCUGAUYAUGGUGUGCUACUCCUGGCUGCACUCCUUUACCUUCUCCCUGACGGCGCUGCUCUUCUCCUGGCUCGACUACAGCCACGUCUACGCGUCCUGCACCCUGCAGCCGCCGCAGCGGCGCGGCGAGGCGGGCGGGGACCGGCUGCGCUUCUCCGUCUUCACCGUGGUGUUCCACGCYACCAGCUUCGCGCUGUCCCUGCUCAUCCUCUGCUUCACCUACCUGAAAGUGCUGAAGGUGGCCCGCUUCCACUGCAAGAGGAUCGACAUCAUCACCAUGCAGACCCUGUUCCUGCUGGUGGACAUUCACCCGAGCGUUAAACAGAGGUGUUUAGCAGAGCAGAAGAGGAGAAAGCAGCGAGCCACGAAGAAGAUCAGCAUCUUCAUCGGCUCCUUCAUCGUCUGCUUCGCCCCUUAUGUCGCGACAAGGUUGGCCGAGCUCCUUCCAUCGGUGGACAUCAACCGCCACUGGGGGAUCAUCAGCAAGUGCCUGACAUACAGCAAGGCUGCGUCCGACCCGUUCGCCUACUCGCUCCUGCGUCAGCAGUACAGGAAGGUCCUGGUCUCCGUCGCCAACAGGCUGCUCCGCCGUGACCUCUACCCCUCGUCGGGCCACAACAGCUCCGUGGACACAGAGAACGACUACUGCCUCCAGAGGAUCAGCUAAUAACGGCCAAACAGACACGGACAGGACAGACACCUGUGGGGGCCCAGAAGAA